AUGGCCGAAGAUACUAGCGCAGCGUGGCCCAUCGCCGAUGAGGCCCUCGCCCAGAGCCUCCUCGACCUUGUCCAGCAGGCCGCUCACUACCGUCAGCUGAAGAAGGGCGCCAACGAGUGCACCAAGUCCCUCAACCGCGGAACUUCUGAGCUUGUCAUCAUGGCCGCCGAUACCAGCCCCCUCGCUAUUGUCCUUCACUUGCCUCUUUUGGCCGAGGACAAGAACGUUCCCUACGUCUACGUUCCCAGCAAGAUGGCUCUUGGCCGUGCCACCGGUGUCUCUCGCCCCGUCAUCGCUGCCUCUAUCACCACCAACGAGGCCAGUGACCUGACCGCUCAGAUCCGCGCCAUCAAGAACCAGGUUGAGCGUCUCAUGAUCUAA